AUGGAGAAUACCAAGCACCAGGGACUCUCGCCAUUCAAUACGAACUCCAACGGGACAUACCGGGUUUUCCGGAAUGUGAAAGACUACGGCGCAGUCGGAGAUGGAGUUACUGAUGACACGUCUGCUAUUCAGCGGGCGAUCACUGAGGGUGACAGAUGUGCUCCCGGCGUCUGUCAGUCUUCGACUAGAACGCCCGCUGUGGUGUACUUCCCCGGAGGGACAUACUUGAUUUCGGCUUCUAUCAUUGAUUAUUACUACACUCAGAUCAUUGGCAACCCUAAUUGUCUACCUACCCUUAAAGCCGCUUCCAACUUCAACUUGACGAGCGGUCUAGGUUUGAUCGAUGGCUCCCCAUAUCAGUCUACCGGAAGAACUGGAUUUGGUCCUACCAACACUUUUUUCCGCCAGAUUCGAAAUCUCGUGCUAGACACCACGAGAAUCCCUGCAAAUCAGUCGGCAACCGGUCUCCACUGGCCCACCGCGCAGACUACGAGUCUUCAGAACGUCGUCUUCAAGAUGUCUGCUGAGAAUGGAACUCAGCACCAAGGUCUCUUUAUUGAAGAAGGCUCCGGAGGCUUCAUGACGGAUCUCGUUUUCUACGGCGGGAAGUAUGGUUUCAAUGUCGGCAAUCAGCAGUUCACGACGCGCAACUUAACCUUCAAUGGCUGUGUUACCGCUAUCAACCAGCUUUGGGAUUGGGGAUGGACGUACAAAAGCGUCUCGAUCAAUUCCUGCCAAGUCGGAUUGAAUAUCUCAGCUAAUGGACCAUCCGCUGUCAAUAUCGGCUCUAUCACGCUUUUUGACAGCUCGAUCAAAGAUACACCCGUUGGCAUCAUCACCGCGCGCACUGCCGAUUCGGAGCCGGAUAGCGCAGGCAGUCUGUACCUAGAGAACAUCGAUCUGGAGAACGUACCUGCUGCUGUUCUUGGACCCAAUGGAACGGUUCUUGCAGGCUCGUCUGGAAACUUGAAGAUCGAUGCCUGGGCGGAUGGACACCGUUACGUUACGAAUGAUCAGACUUGGAAGAUCGAAGGGCCCCUCGAGACCCAGGGGUCCAUUCCACCCAGCAAACGGCCACAAAGUCUUGUGGACACCCAAGGAAAGUAUCGCGAGAGAUCCAAGCCCCAGUACGACACUGUUCCGUUGGAGCAGUUCCUGAGCGUGCGAGAUCUAGGCGCAAAGGGUGACGGUAUCACUGACGAUACGGAGGCUCUGAACGCUGCUAUCAUGAAAGCUGCGAACGAAGGCAAGAUCCUCUACGUCGAUGCCGGUUUCUAUAAAGUAACUAGCACGGUUUACAUUCCGCUCGGCUCGAGAAUCGUUGGAGAGGCUCUUGCUUCCGUUAUCCUCUCAAGUGGUGCCUUCUUCAAUGAUAUGGAACGACCUCAGCCAGUCGUCCUCGUUGGUAAACAUGGCGACCAGGGUUCCAUCGAGUGGAGUGACAUGUUCAUCAGUACCCAGGGUCAACAGGCUGGAGCUGUCCUCAUCGAAUACAACCUUUCGACACCUGGGGACGAGCCAGCCGGCAUGUGGGAUGUCCACACGCGCAUAGGAGGUUUCGCGGGUUCCAACCUACAGAAUGAGCAGUGCCCGAAAACACCGGACACGAAAAUAACGCCAGAAAACCUUAACAGGGAGUGCAUCGCGGCGUAUAUGUCUGUACAUGUUACUCCGUGGGCUUCAAAUCUGUACAUGGAGAACAACUGGCUCUGGGUUGCCGACCAUGACUUGGACGAUGCGUUGAACAACAACACGCAGAUAACCAUCUAUGCGGGUCGAGGCUUGCUCAUUGAGCCUCUCUACGGAAAGGUCUGGCUAUAUGGAACUGCCGUGGAGCACCACGUUAAAUACGAGUACCAGUUCGUGGACACGAGGGAUGUGUUCAUGGGCCAGAUACAGACGGAGACAGCGUACUACCAACCCAAUCCCGACGCCACAAUACCUUUCCCGUACGAUGCCGCCCUCGAGGAUCCUGUCUUCACCCCCACUCCCGGCAACGGCACUUCCAACACCACGGUCAACAACACUGACGGGUGGGGCCUUCGCAUCGUCCGCAGCUCUAACAUCCUUGGCUACGGUGCCGGCCUUUAUUCUUUCUUCGACAACUAUUCCACCGCGUGUUCUGCGAUCGGAGCCGGCACCCGCUGCCAAACUCGCAUCUUCAGCAUCGAGGGGGAUGAGCAUAGUCACGACAUCUCCAUAUACAACUUGAAUACCGUGGGGGCGAUGCAGAUGAUUACACGCGAUGGCGUAGAUUUAGCGAGUAAUGUGGAUAAUAAUAGCACGUUUGUGGACACGAUAAACGUGUUCAGGAUAGGGUAUAGAUAG